UUAAGAAGAUCCCAAUCUGGCGAAGAAAUGCUUCCUCAUGUGGCAAAAUUUUCACCAAUAAUCCUUUCAUGAUGAGCCCAAUCACUAAUCUACAAAUUUUCUCACCUAUUUUAGGUUUUUAUUUUAUUUUAUUAAAUUUUCAGCUUAUCACAUCAUCGCACAUGAAGGCCGGGAGGUGGCAAGAUUAGUAGGUAGCCUGGUUUUCUUUUCUCUGUGCAGGAACCUUUUGUAAUUUGUAGUUUUGUACAAUUAAAGAAUCUCGUCUGUACCCCGAAAUCCACUCUCUGUGGUUGCUGUCCCGCCACUGAUAUUUCCUCAACCACUUUCCAAUUCCCUCCCUCCUGGGCUGUCGCUCUCUAAAUCCACUUCUUUGUCCAUUGGCUCUUCUCGCUUCCUCUUCUUGUAAUCCUUCAAUUUGUUUUCUUUACAACGAGAAGACUUCCAUGGAUUGAUGGGUUAAGUUCUGAUAGCAACUCUAAGCCUCUAACCCGUAACAAUGCGUACUUCAGCUGUAUCUCAAGAGCCCAUGAAUUUUGUCGACGUUUUGUACAAGUUGGAUUGUUUUCCCUUGGAUUCUAGAGGUUUUUACCACUUAGGUUCUAAUGGGUACUGCUCGAUUUUGUCGAGUUUCUUGCGCAGUGAUGGAUUUGGGGGUCUGGCUGGGGAGAAGAAGAGACCCAAGGUGGUGGCUUCCUUGGGUUUGAGCAGGGGUGUUUCAAGGGUACAGAGGAUUUGGAAUGAGUUCAAUAGGGCUGUUAGGAUGCACUGCGAGAGGAUCCCAAUUGGGUUUGCUUCCGUUGGUGUGUCUACUGGGGAGAACGGGUUGAGAGAAGAUGGAUGUGGUGUCCUGGAGGAAGAGGGGAUGAACUUGAAUGGGGUUGAGGCGGUGAAUCCAAAAAGGGUUCUGAUUUUAAUGAGUGACACUGGUGGUGGCCAUAGAGCUUCUGCCGAAGCUAUCAAAGCGGCCUUUGAUGAAGAAUUUGGAGAUGAAUAUCAGGUCUUUAUUACGGAUUUGUGGACGGACCACACCCCAUGGCCGUUUAAUCAAUUGCCCAGGAGCUAUAGCUUUCUGGUGAAGCACGGACCACUCUGGAAGAUGACGUAUUAUGGAUCUGCUCCGCGGUUGGUGCAUCAAUCCAAUUUUGCUGCGACUUCGACGUUUAUAGCUAGAGAGGUUGCAAAAGGACUGAUGAAAUACCAGCCAGAUAUUAUUAUCAGUGUGCAUCCCCUGAUGCAACAUGUUCCACUUCGUAUACUGAAGGGAAAGGGUCUUCUGAAGAAGAUUGUAUUUACAACAGUUGUUACAGAUUUAAGCACUUGUCAUCCUACAUGGUUUCACAAGCUUGUCACAAGAUGCUACUGCCCAACAACAGAGGUGGCAAAAAGAGCAUCGAAAGCUGGCCUUCAGCCUUCUCAAAUUAAAGUUUAUGGCCUUCCUGUGCGACCUUCUUUUGUUAAGCCUGUUCGACCUAAGGUUGAAUUAAGGAGGGAGCUGGGAAUGGAUGAAGAUCUUCCUGCUGUAUUACUUAUGGGAGGUGGAGAAGGCAUGGGUCCAAUUGAGGCUACUGCUCGGGCGCUUGGAAAUGCAUUGUAUGACAAAAAUCUUGGGGAACCAAUAGGCCAAAUUCUUGUGAUUUGUGGCCGCAAUAAAAAACUUGCAAACAGAUUAUGUUCAAUCAACUGGAAGAUUCCUGUUCAGGUGAAGGGAUUUGUCACUAAAAUGGAGGAAUGUAUGGGGGCCUGUGAUUGCAUUAUUACAAAGGCGGGACCUGGGACUAUUGCAGAAGCAAUGAUACGGGGCCUCCCCAUAAUUCUCAAUGAUUAUAUUGCUGGACAGGAAGCGGGAAACGUGCCCUAUGUGGUGGAAAAUGGAUGUGGAAAGUUCUCAAAAUCGCCAAAACGAAUAGCCAAUAUUGUUGCUCAAUGGUUUGGUCCAAAGACUGAUGAGCUUAAGGCCAUGUCUCAGAAUGCAUUAAAGCUGGCAAAGCCAGAUGCAGUUUUUAAGAUUGUUCAUGAUCUUCAUGAUUUGGUGAGUCCAAGGAGUUUGCUUGUAUCCCAGUAUUCUUGUACGGCAUAAUUUUCUUCUGCGAUCAAUUUUGCUGGUUCUUUUUUUUUUUUUGUAAAAUGUUUUUUUGAUGAAUCUUUUCUUCUUCUUCUUCUUCUUAUUAUUUUUUUUUUGUAAAAUGUUGUGGCCAAAAUAAAUCACCAUGGUUCCUUGGCAUUUUCUCUCUA